AUGAACCGGAAGUUGCCUCCUGGUUUCUACACGGACUGGAUCAUCUGAGGAUUCACAGCUCAACUCUACAAACCCCGCUUUCCCCUUCACAUAUGCUUUGCCGGAUUAAGAAUGAGAGAAAAUGUCAAACGAGGCUGACAGAAAGUCAAAGUUUUAUUCGUGCAGCUGCUUCCUAACCGAUAACUUCUUCCUGGAAGACUUCCGGCUUCAUGUCCGCUUUGUGUCCGAGCAGCAGUUCAGACUGGACUACCAGCCGCUGCUGAAGAGGCUGGGCUGCAUCACGGAGCAGCAGUUUGGAGAUGUUCUGUCAAAGAUUUCCCAGGAGGUGGACAGACGGAGGCGUCUAUGUGAGGCGUCAGCUGAAAGAUCAGCCGCCAUAAAAAGCACGUACCAGCCUCUCCAUCCGCACGUCUACCAUCUGCAGGAGUCCUACCUGAACGCGGAGUUUAAGCAGAUCGUGGAGUUCUGCAGAAGCGGCGCCGCCUGUGAAGCAGGUCUGCUGGGUUUGCUGGAGGAAGCAGGAGCUCCCAGAGUCUAUCGGCUCCCAGUGUUUGAGAGGAAGUUCUGCCAGGAGCUGGUGGAGGAGCUGGAGCACUUUGAGCUGUCGUCGGCCCCUAAAGGAAGACCCAACACCAUGAACAACUAUGGGAUCCUUCUGAACGAGUUGGGCUUCGAUGACGGCUUCAUCACUCCGCUGCGGGAGCUCUACCUGCAGCCGCUCGCCUCCCUGCUCUACCCGGACUGCGGGGGGCGCUGUCUGGACAGCCACAAGGCUUUUGUCGUCAAGUAUGCCUUGAAGGAAGACCUGGAUUUGAGCUAUCACUAUGACAACGCAGAGGUGACUCUGAACGUGUCUCUGGGCAAAGAGUUCAGCGACGGAAACCUUUUCUUUGGGGACAUGCGGCAGGUUCCUCUGAGUGAGACUGAGUGCACAGAGGUGGAGCACAGGGUCACAGAGGGGCUCCUGCACCGGGGCCAACACAUGCACGGGGCCCUGCCCAUCUCCCGCGGCCAGCGGUGGAACCUCAUCGUCUGGAUGAGGGCGUCGCAGGAACGCAACAAACUGUGCCCCAUGUGCAACCGCAGGCCCUCGCUGGUGGAGGGGGGCGGCUUCGCCGAGGGCUUCACCAAGGCUUAGAGGACGGCUUCUGUGUUUUCAUGACCUUUCUAUGAACACGGAUCAUUUCUGUCCUUGUUUUGUUGGAAACAAUCAACUGACUUCAGACGCUUUUCUGAUGGAGUUACUAGAAGAAAAACUGUCUGAUUUUAAUUGUGGCGUCCACCAGGGGUCAGUGUUGGAACCGAUUCCUUUUAUUCUUUACAUAAAAGACAAUCUUAAAGUUUUUUUACUUUGUUUGGUUUGCAGGUGAUGCAGAUAUUUUUGUAAAGGUGGGAGUGGAUCAAUAAACUGAAGAACAAAAACAUGUCUCCUUAAUCUGAUGAAACCUAAAAACGAUGAUGAAAAUAUUUAUCAGAAAGAAAAAUUAGAAAUAUGGAUCCAUUAAAAGAAAUACAGUUUUUAAUGACUCACAUUAAAUAUGUUCAAACUAAACUAUCAAGAGGAAAUCUAUGGGAUGUAAGUUCAGCAGUAAAAAUUAGAAAUUAGGAUCAUUUAUGGUUAUUUAACGGGUUGAG